ACUAAAAAAUAAUAUAUAUAUAUAUAUAUAUAUAUAUAUAUAUAUAUAUAUAUAUAUAUAUAUAUAUAAAAGAAUUAAACAAACAAAGAAUCAAACACAUAAUUGAGAAAAUCUCAACCGGAUUGCGGAUUUGGAAUCACCCACAUUAACGCGGCUCUUCCUUUCUUCUCUGGAAAUUCUUUUUUCAGCUAACCCAACAAAUAAAGCACAUUUCUUUCCUUCUUUUUCUGCAGAAUUCGGUUUCCAGCCUCCAUUUUCCCUUCUCGUCUGCCCUUUUCCCACCCAUCAUCGCAGAGUUCGCUCCAUCUGUCUCUCUCCUCUGUACUUACCCCGUCUCUCUCUCUCUCUCUCUCUCUCUCUCUCUCUGUAUGGCUCAGCUGUAUCCAUAGGCUCGUAAAGCUGUAAGUUUUUUCUUUCUUAUUUUAAUCAAUUUCUCUGGUUUCGAUUGUUAUCCCGUUUAAGGGUUUUCAGUGUAUUAGCUUUGAACUACUCAUUGAAUGAUUCAAACCCAAAAGGGCAAAAGAUGAAAUUAUUACCCUCUUUUGGCGUAUUUUGGAGCUCGGAAUCGGCAGAUAAGGAAGCGAGUUUAACUGCGGCCAGCUGAGGAAGCUGAUAACCGAUUUCCUUCAUGAUCUGGGUUUUAUGUGGAAUUAUUGGGAUUAGGUGGCCAUGGGAUUUAGAAAUUGGUAGGUUAGUCUCAAGUUUCGAUCGGGUUGCUCAAUUAGAGUGGAAUCGAAGGAAAAAACAAGUAAUUUGAAAGGUAGCUUGAAAGGGGGAUUUAAUUCUAUUCCUUUUGGGCGAAUCUCCAGGAUUUUGCUUCCAUGAUAGGUUUGCAUGUCUUGAAUUCGAGAAUUCCCUGAUGAUGGAAGUUCAGUGAACUCGAAAGUUUUAUGUGGGCUGGUUUGGUAUAAUUUAGAGCUGAGAGAGGGAGUCAGUUUCUAGGGGAUUUGGUGGCUGAUUGUGGGUUGAGAGGUAGAUGGGAAAAGGAGGGAAAAUUACUGGUCAAAGGAGUUUCAAGAAGAGAGGUAGAUGGAAAGAUGAGGGUUCUGAUGAUUCGGAUGAGGAUUAUGUGAUUGAGCAUGAGGGGAAUGAAUCUGAGGAGUAUGCAAGCUCUUUAGAAGUGUUUUCAUCAGAAGAUGAGGAAGAAGAAGUAGUGAAAGCAUGUAGAAGGACUGUUCAAUCCAAUAAUGGGAAAACCGGAGCACGAAAGAGGAGUCGGGUUUCGUAUGAAGAAGAUGAAGACGAAGAUGAAGAUUAUGUUAAUGGUAAUGAUGAUGUGGAUGCUGAUGACGACGAUGAUGACUAUGAUGGUGAGGAUGAAGAAUUAACAUUGUAUGAAGAAGAAGAAGAAGAAGAAGAAGAAGAAGAAGAAGAAGAAGAAGAAGAAGAAGAAGAAGAAGAAGAAGAAGAAGAAGAUGAUUGUUUGGAUGAGGAUGAAGAACUAACCGCGAAUAAGAAGAAGAAGUCGAGUAGUAAGGUGAACAAGAUGGUCAAGAGGACUAGAACGAGCGGAAGUGCUACAAUAAUGAAAUCGAGCGCUCAAAAAAGGUCUAUUGCGAAGAAUGGCAGAAAGAAGAAGCGUCGAUUGAGGAAGAAAAUGAGGUGCGAUGAUGAAGACGACGUGGAUUUCACAGACUCUAACUCAGCUGCCAGAGAGAAAAAGAGCAAGAAAAGCUCAAGGAAAAGGAAGUACACCGUGAAUUCUGAUUCGGAUCUUGUGGCAUCUGGAUCUGAAUCGGAGUACACGAUCUCUGAAGAGGAGAGAGAACAGGUGAGAGAAGCCCAGAAAAUAUUCGGAGGAGAAAUGAAGAAGACUAGCUUGAGGAGUUCGUCAUCAUCCUCUAUGAAAACAAAUGAAGAGGAGGAUGGUAAUCGAGAUUUAAUGGCGAAGAAGGGGAAAGAGAAGGUGAAGGAAUCCAAAAAACCCGAGGUGGUUGCAAAGCAAGUGUGCGGAGUCUGUCUCACAGAAGAGGAUAAAAGAAGAUUGAAAGGAACCCUAGACUGCUGCAGCCAUUAUUUCUGCUUCAAGUGCAUCAUGGAGUGGUCGAAGGUCGAAUCGCGUUGCCCCUUGUGCAAACAAAGGUUUACUACAAUCACCAAGAAUGGGAGAUUAUCGCUUGGAGUUGAUAUGAGAAGUGAGAUCAUAGAAGUUCCCAUGCGUGAUCAGGUGUAUCAACCAACUGAAGAGGAAAUUAGAAGCUUCAUCGAUCCAUAUGAGAGUGUGAUUUGCACAGAAUGCCAUGAAGGUGGAGAUGAUGCUCUCAUGCUGCUGUGUGACCUCUGCGAUUCGCCAGCUCAUACCUACUGUGUCGGUCUAGGGCGGCAAGUGCCCGAGGGAAACUGGUACUGUGAAGGUUGUAAGCCUGUUGCUUAUGGUUCCUCAAGUGCCCAGGCUCAAGACUCCUUUCCGCCUGAUCAAAGAGCAGUGGUCAACAGGUUCAAUAGAGUAACAAUGCCAUUGGGCAGCAUUUUAAAUACACCAAUGCCAAUGAAUAACAGGUUUAAUAGACCAGAAACUCUCAGUGCAGAAGACAGACUACUUCUGAGUUCAGCAACUUCAUCCAAUGUGGCGUUUAUCAGACCAAUGCCAAUGAGCAACCCAAUUAGCAGAACAAUGGAAAUGAGCAACACAAUCAAUGAACUGGUGCCAAUGAGCAACCAGUUUAACAGACCUGAAACUCUCAGUUUACAAGACAGAAGAAUGCUACAGAGUUCGGAACUUCCAUCACAUUCGACGUUCAGUCUGCCAAUAUCUCCACUGGCUGCUUCUUCCCCAGGAACAGGUGCAUCGACAGUCUGGGGAAGACGUGAGAUUCAACGACGCAUACAGAGCCUUCUGUCUAGCAGAAUGGAAGCAAUGCCAGUUCCCAACUCUCGGGUUGUCCAGCAUGGAGAAAUGCCGGUUCAACUGACUAACAACAUCAAUCCGGCUAAUUUGAGCAACAGAUCUAAUAGACUACCACAGAGCGAAUGGAGAGCAACAAUUGAGCAGCCGUCAAAUUUUGUAGCCAGCGAGAGGCCUGUGAGUUCGACAUUAUGGCCUGGAGAAGACACGCGAACAAGUCUGGUUCAUGGAUAUGAGCAGACCCAUCUGUCUAACAAUAGAGCAAGCAUUCGGUCUGACGGCAAUCUAGCCUCAUAUGAAGGUGACAGUCAAUUCUACGUUUUGAAGGAGCACCUGCAAUCGAUGGUGAAAGGCCAUGCCAAAGCCUUGACCCAAGAUAAUGACUUAGGGCAAGAGAACUUCAAGCAAGUUGUGAGGGCUUCAACGCACACAAUCUUAGCACACUGUGGACUUGAGCACAAGAGGAAUGAAGUUCAUCCUCUGCCACCCCCACCCAGCUGCGCGCAUCUCGAUAGAAUCUUCGCCGGACAAGCUAGCAUAAUGAGAGCUACCAAGGCUAAAGCCUAGCCAUUUUGGUAGGAGCUGGGCACAGUCGGCACUGUAGUCAAACCGAAUCGAAAUGUGGAUGGAUUACGCAAAAGAAACGAAAAUCAAAAGCGAAUCAAAAGUGUAAUUGACU